GGCCAAGGCACUCUUCGACGAAGAGCCGCGACGGCUGCGCCCAUGGAGCCCGCUCGCUGCGAGCUCGGCCAGGUUGUCCUGGUGCUGACUGUGCUGGCGGACCGCGCCCGGGCAGCGGGGUGUCUCGGGGCUCGGGGCGGUAAGUGCGGGGUGUAAAAAUGCUCAUUCUGUCCAGUAUGUUCUCAACAUUACCUUUAAUGAACAACUACAGUGUGUGGCCAACGUGUUCAUGGAUAGCACACUAAUUCUUCAAUAUGACUGUUACAAUGAAAAGGUCAUAUCUGAGAAACAGGGGGUAAUGACCACAAAUGACUCUAAAGAUAUGAAAGAUAUGCUGAAAAGUGUGUGGGACCAGAUCAGAAGUAAACUAACCAGAGAAACACUCAGAGCUUCCAGCAUCCUGCAGGUCAGGCUGCAGUGUCAGAGUGCUGCCAGUGGAACCGUCUGUGGACCCUGGGAGUGUCGUUUGGGUGGACGGAGGUCCCUGGACUUUGACCUGAAGAAGAGUGGAGAGUAUACAGCGAGUAAUUCCAGGGGCGAAGAGAUGAAAAAGACGUGGGAGAAGGAUGAGGACAUGAAGGAGUUCCUCAAGAAGACCUCAGUGGGAGAUGGGAAAAGAUUGGCGAAAGUCUUGGUGGACAGGAAGAAGGAGCUGGAGACCGCAGCCGCACCAAACACAGCUGCAGCCUCAACCUCACCACCCACAGUUUCAACUACACCAAGCACGGCCCCAGGAGCUGCUCCAUCCAAGGCCACCACCAACAGGCCUGUCACCUCAAUCAUCCCUGUGAUCCUCGCCGGCCUGAUCAUACUUUGGCUGAGUUCUAUUACAGUAACAGAAGAUGCUGCUCAGGAGCUCCUGAGAGUGUGGUCUAGUCCCACACGUGUCCCUUCUAGUCGGCCACCUUGCUGUCAUCUCCAGCUGCUGGAGCCUCCAGGGCCUGUUGACCUCCAGGAGCUGCAGCCCUUACAGCCUCCAGGAGACCGUGGUGCUACAGCAGAUGCAACAUUCCUGUCAUCUACUCCAUGGAAGUGACCUGGAAGUAAUUUACUUAGUAGCAUAUUACAUGCCCUGUGGUGUCUGGGCUAAUAGAAAAGCUAUUACACUACCCCUGUGUAGAGUGUUUACAAAUGGAACACUAUUUAGAACUCAAUAAAUACUAAACUGCCAAA